AAGGCGGUUUUGAGACCAAAAAUCGGAAAGAUUAAAACCUUUUGCUUCGCCCACGGAGGCAACUUGCCUAUCUUCAAUAAAAAAGUUGAGUCAGUGUGUAGAUUUCAUUGAAGUAUGAAAUGAAAGUCCCUAAUCCCAACAUAGGGGUAUGUUCCUUACUGAUAACAGUUCUUUAGUGAUUACAACCGGGUCGAGAGCAAUCUCCGAUCCUUCCAUCGUCGAAUGUUACUAACACACGUUGGAGACUAGCCAAUAAGUUGUUACAAAAAGCAUCUAGUUCCACAGUUGACGUCCAGCAAUCCACGCGAUCGGUUCAUAACAGAAAGUUCAUAUUGACUUAGUGUUUUUUUCAUACCCUUAAUUAAACUUCACAAAAGAGAUGAUGCAACUCAUAGGAAUCGUAUUAUCUGCGGUACUAGCUACUGUAAGUUGCAGUCGAAACAACCUGCUGGAGUGUGGAAUUCCGAAAAACGAUGCCGUGGAAUUGAUCUUAAACGGACAGGAGACCGCCCCAGGUGAUUGGCCGUGGCACGCGGCGAUUUAUCAUCGGAAAGGCCGUUCAAUCGACUACGCCUGCGGUGGGACAAUUCUUAACCCGCAGUUUAUUCUGACAGCAGCCCAUUGUGUGAUUAGCUCGGCCAACAGUUACCAGCUAGCGCCGAAUCGUGUAUUUACCCGUGUAGGAAUUCACGAUCUGGAUGUGGUAAAUACAAAAUUUGCGCAACAGCAUGAAGUGGCCAAGAUUUAUAAGUUCGAGAACUUCACGCGAUUAGUGCAUGAUAUUGCAUUGAUCGAACUGAGUACACUUAUUCAAUUCACAAAUUACGUCCUACCGGCAUGCAUUAAUUUAGAGAAGAAUAUUACCGGCGAGAUUGGUACAGUGGUUGGAUGGGGAUUGACAGAAGAUGAUGAAACGUCCCCAAUCUUGAAAAAAGCGGACAUACCCGCGAUAGAUCCCGUAACCUGUUUGAAAAGUGAUCGAGUGCUAUUCGGUCAAUCUCUGGACGAUGGUCUAUUCUGCGCUGGCUACACAAAUGGAACUAGCGUCUGCAAUGGUGACAGUGGUGGGGGUUUGGUUUUCAAAAGGGCCAACACGUGGUUCUUAGGCGGUAUCGUGUCAUUCUCACAAAUUCGAUCGGACGGAUCAAAUUUGUGUCACACGAAAGGUUAUGCGGCGUUCGUGAAGGUUCAACACUAUCUACCGUGGAUUAGUCAAAUAACUGGAAUGCGUUUUCAGGAAAAUGACGAAGUGAAAAUUUGCAAAGCAGUCGAACCGGAUGGAGCAAAAACAUAUCCUGAUCUACUGCCUCGACAUUGUGGUGUCUAUAUCCCGAACCGCAUCUCAGGUGGAGUAGCAACGAAAGUUUUCGAAUUCCCCUGGAUGGCGAUACUGAUGAUGAAAGACAGGGAUUUUGUCUGUGCGGGAACAUUGAUCAGCAAUCGUUACAUCCUUUCAGCAGCUCAUUGCAUUCGGAAUCCAUUACCAAAUAAAGUACGUCUAGGAGAACAUACAAUUGGUCGGGAUAAAGAUUGCAACUUGGGAAACAGAGACUGUGCCCGACCAGUUCGAGAUUACAACAUUGAGUGCAUCACUAUACAUCCAGAAUUCUCACUCCGGGUUCGCAAUAAUGAUAUUGCGUUGAUACGUUUGAGUGAAGAGGCAAAAUUUGAAGAUCAUGUUCAACCAAUCUGCUUACCGCACAUUCCGGAACUGAGAAACUACCGACCCCCACGGUAUAUCAUCACAGGAUGGGGCAGGACAGAUUAUCAAGGCGAGACUUCGGACGUUCUGCUAAAGGCAACCGUUUUACCGUUCAACAUUUCCGAAUGCGAGGAUUGGUUUAACAAAACCAGUCAGUAUUUUCAACUUAGUGAAAAUCAUUUGUGCGUAGGCGGAGAAAAUGUGGACACUUGUCAAGGUGAUGGCGGAGGUCCACUGGGGUACGGUGCGAAACUGUACGGAACACGAUUCGUACAGUUCGGUAUAUCUUCAUUUGGAACUGCGUGCGGCCUGAAACCAUCCGUUUAUACCAAUGUGGCAGAAUACAUGGAUUGGAUCAAGGCUAAUAUGUUACCUUGACAAAUUGAUGAUUUUGUGAGCUAAAUCAAGGACUGUUGAAUUAUCUUGGAAUUCAUCAAUUGUAAUUUUUAGAGCACUGGUGGCACGUACAAAACAAAUGAUGUAUUUAAUAAAAUAAAAUAGAAAAUUCUAAUCGACUUGAUUUUUAGAAUGUUAUUUCAUAACUCUUGCGUAAAUAAACUUUAAUAUUAAUUACACU